AGAAAGGGCAACGUUAUCGGGCAUUGAUUCAUUGCGACUGAUAAUUCAUCGGCCAGACCAGUGUAGUCGAUCCAGACAAAAAGGAUUGACAGUCUGCAGGGCGACGGAAGUUGCCUGCAUCCUGCAUCAGUAAAGUUAUGGGCCUGUUUUAUGCCGAGACUCAGUAGAGAGGAGGGUUUGGGAAUACUGGCCCCCAUGUUAACACAGAGCUGCCCCCGCUGCCAUGUCCUCCGUCUCUGUGUCAACAUCCGCUUGUUGUGGUGGUGGUGGUGAUGCUGCCAUGGCUACCCAGGCGUGCGAGCAGGCUCUGCUGGCCUCAGACCGCUACGCCAGACUCAUCCUGGCCCAGAUGAACAAGAUGCGGCUCCGCACCGACUUCUGUGACGUGGGGCUGAAUGUGGGCGGCCGGGUCUUUAGGGUCCACCGGCUGGUGCUCGCCGCCAGCAGCCCGUAUUUCGUUGCUCUGUUCUCCGGGGGGAUGCGGGAGGCCGAUAAAGAGGAGGUGCAGAUCCUCGGAGUGGAGACUGAAGUCUUUGAGGUUCUGCUGGAGUUCAUAUACACAGGAGUGAUCAGUGUGACAGUGGAGAACGUCCAGGAGCUGAUGGUGGCAGCAGACAUGCUGCAGCUGAACGAGGUGGUGUCUAUCUGUGGAGAGUUCCUCAAGGGCCACAUGGAUCCGAUCAACUGUGUGGGCAUCUUUCAGUUCCUUGAGCUGAUUGCCUGCAUGGCUAUGCUAGAGUUCACCGAGAACUACAUUCAUGUCCACUUUCUGGAGGUGUGUGUCACAGAUGAGUUUAAGGGCCUGUCAAAGGAUCAGCUGGUGAGGCUGCUAAGAAGUGAAGAGCUAAGAAUUGAGGAUGAGUACCAGGUAUUCACUGCGGCCAUGGACUGGGUUCUCCAAGAUGUGGCAAAGAGGAAAAAACAUAUAGUGGAGGUGCUGGAACCAGUUCGCUUCCCUCUGCUUUCCCCACAGAGACUGUUCAAGUACAUAGAGGGUAUCACCGACUUCAGCCUGCGGGUGGCACUGCAGACUCUGCUGAAGGAAUACACUGAAGUAACAAAGUCACCCAAAGAAAAUAAGAUGUACAGUCAGCUCCAGCCAGCCAAGAUGAGACCCAGAAGAAAAGCCCGGAAAUACCUCUAUGCCAUAGGAGGCUACACUAGGCUGCAGGGCGGCCGCUGGAGUGACAGCCGGGCGUUGAGCUGUGUGGAGCGCUUUGACACUUUUAACCAGUACUGGACCACCGUGUCGUCUCUGCACCAGGCCCGCAGUGGGUUGGGGGUCGCAGUGCUGGAGGGCAUGAUCUACGUGGUUGGAGGUGAGAAAGACUCAAUGAUUUUUGACUGCACGGAGAGGUACGACCCAGUGACUAAGCAGUGGGCCGCUGUGGCGUCUCUGAACUAUCCCCGCUGUGGCGUUGGCGUCUGCCCCUGCCACGGAGCUCUCUACGCACUUGGUGGUUGGAUUGGCUCUGAGAUUGGGAAGACCAUGGAGCGAUACGACCCAGAGGAGAACAAGUGGGAGGUCAUCGGCAGCAUGGCCGUUCCACGUUAUUACUUUGGCUGCUGCGAGCUACAGGGGUUUAUUUAUGUGAUUGGAGGAAUCAGUGACGAAGGAAUGGAGCUGCGCUCCGCCGAGGUAUAUGACCCAAUGUCCCAUCGAUGGAGCGCCCUGCCCGUCAUGGUCACGCGUCGGGCCUAUGUGGGAGUCGCCUGCCUCAGUAACUGCAUUUACGCAGUGGGCGGCUGGAAUGAGGCGCUGGGUGCACUGGAGACAGUUGAGAAGUACUGUCCAGAAGAGGAGAAAUGGGUCGAGGUGGCCCCGAUGUCCACAGCUCGUGCAGGCGUGUCAGUGUCAGCAGUCAAUGGGCUGCUGUAUGCUGUCGGGGGUAGAGCCGCCAGCAGAGACUUCUCUGCCCCGGUGACCGUUGACUCUGUGGAAAUCUAUGACCCACACCUGGACACCUGGACCGAAGUCGGCAACAUGAUCACCAGCCGCUGUGACGGCGGGCUGGCUGUGCUCUGACGAUUGGAAUAUUAAGCUUGUGAGCCUCCAUAUCACCACCUGAAUCAUCCCAAAACUGCAUCGACUGAAGAAAAGCUGCACCUUAAGACAUUUCUGUCUCUAGUAGGCUUUCACAUUAUCAUAUAUGUUAUUUAUAUAUGGAUUAGACAUGUUUUCUUUAUUUUAUCUGUCCAGAACAUUUGGCAUUUGUUAAACAUAAGAUUAUGCCUAUUCAAAACUUGAGUAACUGCCAAAACUGCUCCCGAUCACACCGUUAUAUGACUUGCUUACGUCUUUAUUUUCAUCUCAGUUCAUUUCACAAGACUAUCAGCAUGCCAACAGACUUCUUUUUCUCUUGUGCAUAUCUGAAAGACAAAUCGAUGUGAUAAGGAUGUUUUUCACAUUGGAGAGGUCCUGCUUCGACUGGACCAGAGAGUUUUUCAACUCAAAUGAACUUGGAUAGGAUUUGAAAACACUGUUUUUAUAGUUUAAUUGUUCCCAAGAGAAAUGUUUGAAGUGAGUGCGUUGCUACUUGGAAGAUUUAUCAAACCACUUGAGCCUAUUCCGUAAUGGGACCAACGUUCCACAGAAAGUGAUUUCUGUAGAUAAUUAGUUACUUGAACAGUACACUACUGUUGUCACACCGGUGCAGUUGUUGCUCUGUAAUUUUCACUGGAUCCUUUUUGUAUAUAUGAUACUAUAAAUAAUAGUGCCUCUUGGUCACUAUUUACACUGAAAUCCAAGCAAGUGAAGAGUGCUUUAUCAUUUCACUCAUUAGUGGCACCUGAAGGUAUGGCAAUUUCCAUUUUAACUUUCUGAUGUUGAAAUACACAACAGUAACUACCAGACAAUGCACAAUGUAAGAGAUGUACAGUAUUUACCUUCUUUAUGGUAAGUAUUCAUGUUUCUCUCACUAGAUGUCGAAGCUCAUUAUAUUUGCAAACUGAGUGGAGCCGUUGCAAUGACAAUAUUCCCUAUCAUGUACUGUUAAUUGAUUGUUAAUUCAUUGUCACACAGUAGUAAUAACACAUCUUUUCCUGGUUGCUUUUUCUUCUCAAUAAAUUUGAUAAGAGUCA